AUGAGUGUGGAGUGGAACGCCAAUGAUGGAGCUUCCCUCAAUAGUGUGGCCAAUGAUCUCCUUGAGGACUUGACCACUUUCAUCUCGGUCGCGGAGGACAUCAAUAAAUCGGAGCUGGGAGAGCUGGCCGCCCCCCCCGUCCCCUCUACGCGCUAG